AUACCAACCAUGUUUCAAAUUCGAAAUCACAAGAAUUCUCUUUCUUGAAGGCAUGACAUGAAAAUGACAAACAUGUAAUUCGUUGUCCAAAUCACCAUGCAACGAAAAGAGAAUUUCACCAUCGAGGAAAAAGCGUUAGUCGUACAAUUUGUAAGCGACAAUCGUGAUAUAUUAGAGAAUAAAGCAAAUAAUACUAGAUUGCAAAAGAGUAGAAGAGACAAAUGGAUGGAACUAACAGAGAAAAUGGCAGCGACUGGAAUUAAGAGGGAUUGGAAAGAUAUUAGAGGUGCAUAUCAGCGGUGGAAACUCGCAGCAAAGAAGACUAUUUCUUGCUAUCGCAAGCAUGCGACUGGUACAGGCGGAGGUCCUGCACUCCCAGAACCUUCCGGGCUCGAUUUCACAAUCAGUGAAAUUUGCCCGGAAGAUUUUGUGGAGGAUGAAAAUCCCCAUGACUCCGAUAGCCUCAGAAGAACGAAUCCAACAUUGAACACGGUGGAAAAGUCUGAGAAUGAAGUCACAUACGAACUGGAUCCGACAACUGG